AUGAAAACUCAAAGAAAAAAGAAGGUUGCCGCGGCAACUUGCUUUUUUUCCUCUACACCUGUUCAAGGGAUAAUUUCUGUUAUUAAAUACUGGUUUUGAAGCUUGGGCGACGUCAGCUGGGAGAUUGCCGUCGACCGAAACACGCCCGAUGGAUUGGCUCUUGAGGUUGGGAAGAAGAUAUGACAAAUAUAAAGAGUACCAUAAGCCCUUUCAAGAACUUUUCGAGCUUUUCAAGGGAACAGAGCGCCUUAGAAGGGCAUAUUUUGGCAUAUUUAUAGGAAAAUAGCCUAAUAAUGUGAAAAUGAUGCCAUAUCUUAAAGCUUACAAUCUUGAAUUCCCAUAAAUAAAUGCAGUUUUUUUUUCGAGUUUUCCUGCGACUUUUUUUUCAAUUAGUAGUUAUGAUAAUAUUCCCUUGAAAAAGAGAUAGGAAAUGAGUUUUGAAUAAAAAUUCAAGUUGUAAUUGAAAAGUAGGAUUAAACUUGAAAAGAAGGUCAUUAAGAUUCUCAAUUGAAUACAUUUUUUGGCAUCACAUUUUUCUCUACUCUCCCCAUUCUCCACACGAAACCGGCCGUUUGCAGGUCGAGCAGUGCUCGUGCCCACCUGGCUACGUCGGAACCUCCUGCGAAGACUGCGCCCCAGGCUACGAACGCAGCGGCCACGGUCCCUACCUCGGCACCUGCGUACCUGUCCAGCAACGAGCCCAAUGUGGCGCCGGCGCCGUCGCGCCCAGCUCCUCCGGCCGCUGCCAGUGCAAGACCUCCGUCACCGGCCCGAACUGCGACCAGUGCGCGCCUCACUCGUUCGGACUCUCGCCCAAGAACCCUCAAGGCUGCAUCCCCUGCUUCUGCUCCGGCGUCACCCAGCAGUGCAGCGCCAGCAACUACAAGAGGACCACUGUAAAUAUUUUUGCAAAUUGGAAUUUUUUUUACUCACGAAACCAUCAAAAAAGGUAUGAGGACAAAGACUUUUCCAAAAAUUGGUGACACGUAAAUUUCUAAAGCAUUUUUCAUUGAACAGUGCUGUAAAAUAGCUAGGGAGGAACAAAAAUUCUCUGAAUAGUAUGGGAUUAUUUUUCUUUUCUCACCGUUCAAGUCUUCCUGACUCAAUCUCUUGAUUUGCGAUCUUCAUUUGUUACUUUUUUUUAAACUUCACCACCGAAAAGAUUCAGGUUCAAACCAACUACGGGCAAGGCGACCGUGAUCAGCUCACCCUCACGACCUCAGACAGCCGUCAACCAUUCACCCCAUCAUCUCAGGCCUACGUCAGCGGCCGCGAGAUUGAGUUCCGAGGCCUUCAGGAGGUUUUUGAAAGGAGAAGAAGAAUUAAUAAAUGAACAUUAUCAAGGCCAACGGUCAGACGCUCUACUGGAAGCUGCCAGAAAAGUUCCUCGGCAACAAGGUCACGGCCUACGGCGGCACCCUCAAGUACACGUUCCGAUUCUCGGGCAACGGACGCAGCAAUCAGGAUCCUCAUAUCAUUCUUCGCGUUCGUCACUUCAAAAAACUUAUCAAGUUAUCCCGAUUUUUCAGGGAAACGACAUCACUCUGCAGUACACACACCGUGAGACUGUUCAUCCCGACCGUGAGAACAUCAUCGAGCUGAGCAUCUUCGAAGACAAGUCGUCUAGGAGAAUUUGUAAAUGAUCAGGAUGGAGUUUCAGAUGGCAGCGUGUUGAUGGACAACAAGCCACGCGUGAACAUCUUCUUAUGGCCCUCGCCGACCUCGACACUCUUCUCAUCAAGGUAUCAGAAAUGAAGAUAAUCAUAGACCUAUGAGAGCAGCGUCAGGCUCGCUUUCAUAUUUUGAGCCUUUCAGUGAUCCCUCAAGUGGUGUGAGAGCCUUUUAGAGCACACUCGAAAGUAGAUAAUCGUAACCUAUCAGUGUAGAAGUAAUUAUGAUGCACAAAGUUUCUUUCAAAAUCUCUUAUUGUCAAAAAUGGUUCUGAUGGUCUCUACACAACCAACAGUUGGUGUGAAAAAAAUAGAGGCUACAGUAGCGUGUGUUUUUUCUGUAAUUUUUAAUGGUUUUUGAGUUCCUCUUUUAAAUUCGAUUUUUUUUACAGGCGACCUACGUCGACGACGGCUCGCAGUCUUCGCUCAUCUCGGCCUCUCUGGAGUACGCCGAGCCGUACGGCGGCGGUCUGACCGCGGCUGAAGUCGAGCAGUGCAUCUGCCCGGCUGGAUACAUCGGAACUUCCUGCGAAGAUUGCGCCCCGGGAUACUCGCGAACUGGCGGCGGCCUCUACCUCGGCCUCUGCGAACGGUGCGAGUGCCACGGACACGCCUCCCAGUGCGACAAGGAGUACGGCUACUGCCUUGAGUGCCAGCACAACACCGAAGGAGACCAGUGCGAGCGAUGCAAGGUGAGGAGAGAGGUUUCUUGUAAACCGGCAUGAAUGAUCCUUUUUCAGCCUGGCUUCGUCGGAGACGCUCGUCGCGGAACUCCUCAGGAUUGCCAGCCAGCCGCCACGCGGCCACCAUGCCAGUGCAACAACCACUCGCCCAGAGGAUGUGACUCAUUCGGCCGUUGCUUGGUUUGAAAAUCGCCUCCUUUCUUCCUUAAUUUCGUUUUUUUUCCAGCUCUGCGAGCACAACACUGAAGGAACCCACUGCGAACGCUGCAAGAAGGGCUACUACGGCGACGCCACCAAGGGAACUCCCUACGAUUGUACUCCUUGCCCUUGCCCGUAAUUCAACAGAGUCACUAGUUGAUUAGCAAUUGAACUCUUCCAGAGGAGCUUCCGACUGCUACCUCGACUCCCAAGGACAGGUCUCGUGCCGCAACUGCCCCGCCGGCCUUGACGGUCGUCUUUGCAACGAGUAAGAGUUAAAAAAGAUGCUCUUUUGAAAAAAAAAAAAAGAAGAGCUCGAUGUGGCUUCUUUUACUAGCUUUCGAUGGUUUGCUUCAAUUUUGAGGCGUUCUCUCUCGACAAAUGAGAAGUUCUCCCGGUUGAGACUUUCACGAAUUUUUCCUCGCACAUUCUGGCCAAGCUACAUAAUUUUUCAGGAGCCGAGUAAAAUACCACCCUAAAAUACCAGAUUUCAAGAUUCAAUAUUUGCUGUCUCUAUAUCUGUCUCUAUAUCCAAUAAUCUUAUUAAUAUGAUUUUACGAGCAACUUUUAGGUCUCAUAUUUUCUAAUCCGGAAAACAGAAUUCUGUCAAAAAUGAAAAUUGAAAGACAAAGUAAUUAUUUGAGAUGCGCACCUGGAUACACGAGGUCGAACAAGCAGGCCGGACGCGUCUGCGAGCCCAUCGGCUCCAUCACGUCCAACGACCGCACCUACGUUCCGCCGCCGCCAGAAGGUGACUCCACAAAUCAGGCGGCGUCGUCGCCGCGACGGCACCGUCGGCGACGAAUUCGCGUCCGCUCGCGAUUCUACCACCAAUAGAGAAACGAGUCUUUUUCGACUCGUCGUCUUGAAUUUCUGUUUCGUAAUGAUCUACCUAAAUCCGUGUGUACGUGAAGCUUCGCUUUUUUCAUUUCCUUAUUUUCUUUUUUGUUGCUGUUGUUGUCUUUUUUCUUAAUACUGCCAAUUUUGAUACUACUAUCACACGAAGCACACACUCACAGACGAUCAAAAAGUUUAUUUUCAGCAGCUCAAAAGAAAGUUUUCCUAGAAGGCUUCGUUUUUCUAUGUCUCCCGCAUACCAUUUUGUAGUCGUGAUUUUGUUUUUUUCUUCAUAAACCCUCAAUUUAUCCCUAUGAAUCGAUGGUGAUCGUUGUGAAACUGCCGAAACCCGCACUUUGAAACAAAAAAAUCAUCAAAAAAGUGUUAUUGUAUUUGUUCAAUGUCCGUCACUGUACACGUUCUUCUCGUCAAGAAAAACCGAGAAUUGAGCCGCGGCUCAGUUUUUUCCACUCUGAAAUGCGGAUCAAUUCCCAAUAACCCAAAAAAGACGGCGAGAGUUUUCCUUUUUGCAAUAUCUCAUUUCAAUUCUGUUUGCGCACACACUUACAAAAAUUAUUAAUAAAGAGGUAACCUAUUCCGAGUGUCGUUUUUGUUUUUCAUUUUUUAAAUGUCGUUUUCAUGACGUCCUACUUGGUGUUGUCUGUGAAGUCUUCGUCGUCGUUACAGAAAUUUAAAAUGAAAUCACACACACAAAAAAAACAAAGCAAAAACAAGGCCAGCACAAAAAUAAUAACAAUUUACUUAACAACCUGCGGUUCAGCGCUCCGGGUACGAAUCCUUGAGCCAAAGAGGCAAAUCGUUCAGCCAGGUGAUCGGGUCCAUUGGGUGUGCCGAGUCGUCAGCCACACGGUACAGAUCAUUGUUGCUUCUUAUUUUUUCUUAGUUUCUCUCAUAUCAAGGCUAAAACAUGUACUGUCUAACUGAAAAAGAAAACGUUUGACAAAAAAAAGAAAAAAAAAGUGUUCGAUAGAGCGUACAUGACCCCUUUUUUUGAAGAUAAAAAAAUCUAGUUCUCCUUUUUGAAUCUUUUUUUCGUUCUUUUAUUACCUUUAUGACGUGUUAUUCAUUUUGAGACAAGCUAUUAUGACCAAGCGAAAAAGGAGCGAAGCCGGAGGUAUAUUAAAUCAAGAAUUUGAUCAAAUACAUUCAAUUCUCCAAAUUCGGAUAUUUUUGAAGUUUUUCCGUACGAAUUAUAUUAUUUUUAUUUAUUAUGAGAGGGUUUGAAGUUUUAUUAUUUUUUUGAUAAAGGAGCGCUUUAUAAUAUACUUGUUAAGUAUUUACUAUCAAAAAAAUAAAAGAUUUAUUUUUUUAGUUUUUUUAUAUUGUUUCGAAAUUUCUUCGCAUUUUUUUAUUACUUAUUUGUUAGAUCUGCGUAGAGAGCAAAUUUUGUUUUGAAUUUCAAAAAAAUUGACAGUUCGUAGGUCGGAAAAGGCCAAAUGAUUGUUGUUGUUGUUCUUCCUAUUUUCAAUUUCAGUUUCUCUAACAGAAUCGAAAUACCCCGCAUUAAUAUUUUCGUGUCUAACCCUAACUGUUUUUGCGAUUUCUAGCUGGAAAAUGCGCACUUGGAGUGGAGCAAAGUCGGCUCGGCGAGUUUGCCGCGGAGCGCGAAGACCCACGGCGGCUAUCUGGUCUUGGAAGACGUCGCGCCGGAGGAUUUCGGCCAAUAUCGCUGUACCGCGACGACCAUCACCUCCAUCGCCACUGACGACGCUUUGCUAACCAUUAGUCAGGAGCCAAGUUCGUUUUUCUACUCCGCGGUUCUUCGCGGCGAACUAAAGGAGUGGUCGGCUCUCUUUAAGUGAUCACUAAAGACCACUCAAGCGUAUUUAGUGAUCACGUAAGUUUGCUCGACUAAUCCUUUUGCCCUCCGCGAUUUCUGAGGAUUGAUUGAUCCCCCCUCUAUUUUACGGCUUCUAACAAUUCUUGCAAGAGCUUGCUCAUCAGUAUUUUUGGUUAUUUUUUGUGCUUUUACUUUUUUCAGUUUCUCUAAUAUUCUAUGUUCAUUUUCCGGCUCAGCAACUUCUCAUUUGAAGUUGAUUCGAAAGAGGUUUUUUUUUUGUUUUUGAGCUUUGAGCUAUUCACUGAUUAUUCGAGUUGUGUAAGCGCCUUUUGGGGUUCACUCGAAAAAAAUAAGAAUGGGCUCAAAAUCGCCUUCAAUGUGGUUUUGGUAAAAAAAAAUCGUUAUGUAUAAUUUUUUUUUUCCACGUUAGGAGUCUCGAAAAGAUUUCGAAAAACGGCAAAUGGAAAAUAUUAAAACAUUAAUCCUCUUCCGAAUCAACUUUAAGUCUACUUUUUCCAAAACCCAUCUCUCUCUAUCUCUCAAAAAAGCUCCUCCCAACCAUUUCCAAGCUUUUUCUCUCCACUAGCCAAGCAUGAGAGAUUGACCCAAAACUGACCUUUUAGGCGGUCGCCCACCUCAGCCGGUCGUCGACCCACCCCAUCUCACCGUCAACGAAGGCGAACCCGCCGCCUUCAGAUGCUGGGUGCCCGGAAUUCCGGACUGUCAGAUCACCUGGCACAAAGUGGGUGGAACGAGGAAUAAUGGCUCUCUUUGAUGAUUUAUUUUUUUGGCAGUUCUCUUUGGAAAAUCAAGUUUUUCAAUAUUUUUUGUGAAAACAGAAUUUUUCAUAGGACUUUUUUUCUACUUUGUAGUUCGUUAGUAGCUUCAUCGUUUUUUUCUGAAUGUUAUGAAAAAAAUCUGACAAAUGUUAAGGCCAUUUUUUUCUUCCCAGCUUUACCCAAAGUUGGAAAGAUCCAGAAAUUUUUUUGUAUUUAGCUUCUCUUCUAAAUUUAGUAAAAACAUCAGACAGGUUUAGGAAUUUUUUUGUUCCCAGAAAAGAUUUCAAUUCACUUGAUCCAAACUUAUAAAUUUACCCCAAAAAAUUAUGAAAUUUGUUUGAAGGAACACCUCGGCGGAGCCCUUCCUCAUGGCGUCUACCAGACUGGCAACGCUCUGAAAAUCCCACAAGCCCAGAUGCACGACGCUGGAAAUUAUAUCUGCUCCGCCGCUAAUCAGUACGGUAUCGGACAGUCGACGCCAGCUCGUCUCGAUGUUGUCCGACGUAAGUAUUCAGAGAAAAACACUACCAAAAGGAGCGGUUCGCGUGUCAAGAUAUCAUUUGGCGCCUUUCACAUGCGCCCUUAACUUUUUUAAAAAUAUUUUUGUGACUGAUUUCUCUAAUAAUGCAAAGAGAGUGUUACUUUAUACAUAUUCAAUGGAUAAAAUUCGAAAAAAAUCUUGCCAGGCUCACUCUCUUAGGAUUUGCAUUUAGAAUAUGAAAGAAUUUUCUGGUCUAUUUUCAGAAACUUUUUAUUCUGCUUUUUUUGAAUAGUUUUUUUAAAAUUCGGAAUAUAAGCGUUUUUCUACAUCAAUUGAAGGUCUUGACACGCGGAUUAGGAUUUAUUUUCUGAGUUUCGUUUCCUAAGCUUGAAGCUCAUUUUUCAGCCGCCCAAAAGCCAAAGGUUGACCCGAUGGAACAGACGGUGAACGAAGGGGAGCCGGCGCGAUUCCGCUGCUGGGUUCCCAACAAUCCGAACGCCCAACUCCGCUGGAGCCGACCAGGCAACGCGCCUCUCCCAGCUGGCGUCCAGGAGCAGCAAGGCAUCCUCCACGUCCCAAGAACCACCGACCGCGAGACCGGCGAGUACAUCUGCACGGCGACGGAUCCACGCGACAACUCUCCACAGCAGUCCGACCCCGUCCGUCUCAACCUUCAGCGGCCUGAACGUCCGUUUUUGAUUUAUGGAGAUUUCUUGAGGAUUCCUGUAAAACCGGCUGAACUGCUUUUGAUUCAACAUACAGAAAGAAAGUAGGGAAGAAGAUGUGUUUUUUCCAAGUUUACCUUUUCCUUUUUUUAAUAGUUUCGUUGGUAUGUUUUUUUUUUCUUUGAAGUUACACGCAGGAAAAUAGCCAAUCUUAGAAAGUUAUUCUUCUCGAAAAAUACACUGAAACACCAAUUUUUCCACUUUUAGCCAUCCGAUCAGCACCACAAGUUGAUCCCCCGGAGCAAACGGUGAAUGAAGGAGAUCCGGCUCAGUUCCGCUGCUGGGUGCCCGGAAACCCUCAGGCCAAACUUCAGUGGGCUCGGCAGGACGGACGAGGUGUCGAAUCCUUUUUUUUUGUGUAUAUAAAGUACUUUUCAAGCAUUCCCACAAGGAACCCUGGAACGAGAUGGAUUCUUGCGAAUCGAAAAGUCACGGCUCGACGACGCCGGUCAGUACAUCUGCACGGCUUCGGACCCACGUGGCGGCGCUCCUCAACAGGCUCCUCCAGCCGUUUUGAACGUCCGAAAACGUGAGUUGAAGUUUAGGUUGAGUUUAAUCCGCUCAAUAGGGGUUGAGGUGAGAAAAACGCGAAAAAAAAACUUCUAAGCUUGAAAAUGAGUCAUUUUAUGUUAGAGUAGGAAAAACACGAAAGAGAAUGUAGACCCGGGGUUUUUUUUCUAAUUUAACAAUUUUCAAUCUUUUUCAUUUUCAGCACAAGCAAUCCGACCAGAAGUUGAUCCACCAGAGCAGACGGUCAACGAGGGCGAACCGGCGCGAAUCCGCUGCUGGGUUCCUGGAAACCCCAACGUCCAGCUCAGAUGGAGCAAGAGUGUAAGAUUUUCUGGUGCCGUUUUCAGGGUAGUUCCACAAUUUUCUCUUUUCAUAUUUAUCCAGUCUUCGAGAAGAAUGUCAGCUGAAUCAGGGGAUAAUUGAAGUUUUUCUGUUAACGAAACUGUCGUUGAUCAAGAAUUUCGAAUAGUUCAUCUAGCUUUUCUUUUUGAUAGCAGUAGCCGAGUUUUGAGCGUUCCGACGGUCAGCUGCUCUUCAAUGAUUUUUAUUUUCUUUGAAUCAGAGACUCUAAUGCUCUAAAAUUAGGUUUUCUUUUCUCUGACCAUUACUUUGACCUCCACAAAAUCACUUCGAACACGACCUCAAAGAUCCCUUUUAAAAACCCCGUUCAGGGAAGACGUCCGUUGCCACAGGAGGCGCACGAGCAGAGCGGUCAUCUGACAAUUCCAAGGACCCAGAAGGCCGACGAAGGCGACUACGUCUGCACGGCGACGGAUCCGAACACGAAUCGGCCGAUCGAUUCGAGCCCCGCUCGCGUCAAUGUCCGCCAACGUUAGUAGGCCUCAAAAGAGAAAAUUAUACCAAAAAUUCACGAGAAAUUUCUAUCAGAACUUUUAUAUGCAGCUUAAUCUUUUUGAACCUUUCUUUAGGUUGUGACAAGUAGAUUUACGACUUCUUGUUGAAUUCCAGCUCCUUAGAGCAUUAUUUUAAAUUUUCAUAAGUUGAUCAGAAAAUGCUCCAAGUCUAAGAUAACUUGAGAAAGCUUUAAAAGAAGACUUUCUUGGACCUUUUCACGGCUCUCCGAUUACCUAAAUUUUUGGUAAGACUCGAUCAAAAUUAUUUUUCCAGAUAAUCUGUUUUUGAUAUCGAUUUUCGAGCAAGAUGAGCAAAUAAAAUGAGUUUGCGUUUGCAAAAAUGUGAAAAUUUGGUCGAAAUGAGUAAGUUUGAAUCUGUGAAAUUGCGAAAAAAUCUGUCAAAACUUUUAAGUUUUAAAAAGAUCAAGCUCUAUUCAACAAAGUUCUGAUAGAAGGAGUAGAAAAUUGUAUGCAUGAAACUUUUUAGAGUUAGUGGCUUCAGUCUUGGUUCGUUUUUUAGGCAUGAGCUUUAGUAGAGUCGCAUGAGCAAUUUCGGUUGUUUCUCCUCAAAUUUUGGUUUUUUUUUCCAAGCAGAAGCACUUUUCCUCUGUUCUCCACCUAUCGUCACUCUUCUCCCCUAUCCUCUUUUUCCAUUGCAGCGCUCCGACCGAUGGUUGACCCAGCCGAGCAGACGAUCCCAGAAGGGACUCCUUUCCGGAUCCGAUGCUGGGUGCCAGGUCAUCCAGACGCUCAGCUCACCUGGCGCAAGGCCUCCGGCGGCAGCCUCAGCGCCGACUCGGACCAAGACGACGGGAUCUACUCAGUCGGCCGCGCCGAGUUCUCUGACGAGGGCGACUACGUCUGUUCGGUGCGAGACCCGGCCUCCGGGCAGCCCAUCGACUCGACACCCGCCACCGUCCACGUCACCAGUGGACCUCAGCAGCCCGUUGAGUCGCGUGAGCUUUCCUAUCCUCCUCUUCUACCCUAUCGUGUCCCUUUUCGGAUUGGUUUUUGCACUGUGAAGUGAUUUUUCCCUCAAAGCUUUGAUGAUUGUGAAGUGGUAUACGAGUUUAAAAUUAGUUUAUUGGUUUUCAGAGAGAAACUUGUUAAAGAGCGUUUAUUAGUAGACAGAAGAGUGUAUUUGAGAAGAUUUAUUUUCGAAAAGAAACGAGAUUUUUGAGGAAAAAUUGUAAUUCUUAAUGUUAUUCGGGUUUGAGUUUUGAAAUUCUGCGUAAUCUGCGCUCUAUGAAGAUUCAAGUUGCUAUAGUUUGGAAGAAUAGCUUGUGUUGAAGGGUUAAAAUUCCAAUCUAAUGAAAACAAGCUCUCGUAAAAUGACGGAAAAAGUGAGAAUUAAAACUAGAUCUCCAAUUACACAAAUAAGUAAAGUAAAUCUUCUUUUUAGGGUUUUUGAGUGUCUUCCUAUCGCUGCCACUCUUUUUUUCGCAAUCACCCACCCACCUUCACAGCACUUGAAAGUUCAGAAGGAGUAGAUGACACGCCGCAGAUCAGUCCACCCAGUCAGACGGUUCCCGAAGGCGACCCGGCCAAGAUCACUUGCACAGUCCCUGGCAAGCCAAACGCGCGGCUCACCUUCCGACGAGCCGACAACCGACCGCUGCCCUUCGGGUCCUCGGACCACGGCGGCGUCUUGUCGAUCCCCGCGACGACCCUGACCGACGCCGGACAGUACAUCUGCGUGUACUAUCCGGAGAACGGCCAGCCUCCCAAGCAGACCACUCCCAGUGUCUUGCACGUCGAAUCUCGUCAGUGUGGUUGUUGUGCACCCUUUUUCAGGCUAUCAAUAUUUAUUUCGUUUUAUCAGUCGUAGACUAAGUGGUGAGAAAGAACUUUUAAAGCAAUCCCGAAAAAAAACCUCGGGCGUGUUAGGAGUCCAAACCUGUAGUUGAUCAAGUUAAAAGCAAGGUUUUUUCCUACUUGUAGUUGAUCUUGUUGUUCCAUGACGGGAUCAAAAUGUAGCUGAUGUUGUAGGUUAAGUCCGAAGACUGCUCUAGGGACAGUCUUUUCGUACACUGUUUAGCUGAAAUUGCCGAGGCCUCAAGGCAGUGGAAUGAACUGAAAACUCGAACUUUUCCCUAUCUUCAAAAAAAAAAAACAUCUAUCCUCUCUAUCCCACCUCACGGCACCGAGUGUUUCUUUCCAGCUGGCACUCCACCAAGACCUGUCGCCACCCCACCAGUCCUGACGGUUAGUCCCAACGAACCGGCACGGUUCCACUGCGAUGCCCAUUCGCGCACUCCGGCCACCAUCAAGUGGACCUUCGGUGACUCGCACACGCCACUGCCCAACGGCGCCGAGCAGGAAGGCGACGACGUCGUCAUUGACGCCGCCGACGACGCGCACGUCGGCGACUACGUCUGCACGGCCACCAACGAGUUUGGCACCGGCGAGGCAGAGCCAGUUAAGCUCCGCAUCACCGAUGGUUUGACCUCACCCACUUUUCGAGUCACUUUUUUUCCAUUUUCUGUUUUUUUUUUUCAUGUUUUUCGAUGCAGCCGAUCCACGACUUGCUGGAGUCAAUUUCGGAAAGAUUUUGAUAUUAUUUUUCCGAGUGGCAGGAACUUAGCGUUUUUUGCAUGUAUCAAGCCAGCCGUGAACAGGCUAUGAAUUCGAAAUUGAAAAAGUCUGACUGCUCUGAAUCCUCUUAUUUUUCUAUGAGCUCGUAGAAAAUGGAAAAGAGGGCGCAGAGAGGUCAAACUGUUUCAAAGAAUGUAGCGAAUAAAUUAUAAUCGAAGUUUCCAAGAGAAUAAAUUGCGUUCAUCACUUUUCGAGUCACCUUUCCAAUUUUUGUUUUCUUGUCCACCUGUCGGUCUGUGUGCAUGUUCGUGGUGUCUAUUUUCGCAAAAAAUAGUAAUAUAAUUAAAAUUCAUCAAAAUCAAGAUAAAAUAGAUCAAGCGAGGUAAUUUAUGUCAAUUGGAACUCUGAAAACUCUCAAGGACUUUGAAAAAUUUUUUUUGAAAGUCCUUGAGCUCCAAAAAAAGAAUUCUCCGAUUUUUAAACCCCAUUUUGAACCGGGAAAGAAAAUUUUUUAUCGAGUGGAAGUUUAGAAAAGAGUAAUAUUCAGACGAACAGCCACCAACGGCUCGCGUCGAGCCACGCGUCUGGAAUGGGAAACCCGGAGAUCGGCAUCAAUUCCGAUGCAUCGUUACAGGAUCACCUGCUCCAAAAGUAUGGGAGUCUUCAAGAAACUGGGUUCAAAAACUAUGAGAAGUUUUGAGAAAAAAAAAAUGUAGAUUUUUUUAGAGGUUAAGAGUAGCUUCCAGGUUCAUUAGUUCGACAAGUAACUUUGAACCAGUCUUAUCAUUAUUUUAUAGAUAAAGCUAACUAGGAUAAGUAACUUUAAAAUUUCAACACUAACUUAAGAAGGCCAUUAGAGAGUCCAUGAGCAAGUUUGAAGAAGAUUAUGAAAUGAACGUGAGAGACCUUGAAAAAAAGAUCUGUUCCAGAUUACAUGGACUGGACCCGACGGAUCGCCUCUUCCGCACGACGUUACAGCGCUUGAGCCGAAUAUUCUCGACUUCUCCAACGGCCGAUCGGAACUCAACGGCGACUACACUUGCACAGCUACGAACCCUGUUGGAGAAGCUUCCGACCACGGAUCCGUCAACAUCGGCCCCGCCCUCACCGUCAAGACGACGCCGGCCGGACCGCGGCUGAUCCUGACCGUCGGCGAGCCCCUCCAAGUCAAGUGCGAGGCGAUCGGCGCCCCCGGAGACCCGGAGCCUGAGGUUGAAUGGCUCCACGAUCCGGGACCGGAGCGAGGCGACCUGCCCGACGACUUCAAGCCCGUUACCAUCUCCGAGCAGUUCAUCCGCCACCCGUCCAUUGGCCUCGGCAACGCCGGAGCCUACACCUGCAAAGGAUCCAACACUCACGCCACCGCCACCAAGAACAUUUACAUCGAAGGUAGUUAUCGAUAAAAUACGUCAAGCUGUUUUUAGCUUCUUUCCAUUGAAAAAAAAAAUCUCACGUGACUUUGGAACUUUCAGAAGACUCACAUAGACUCCCAAAGUAUUUUAACUUUUGGUUUUGCAGUUGUCGAGCCAUCGAGAAUCGCGACGGUGUCGGUGCUCGGCGGCUCCUCUCAAUGGUUCGAGCAAGGCGAACCCGGUGAGCUCAUCUGCACUGCGACCGGCUCUUCCCUCGUCGACCGCCUCGAAUGGGUCAAGGUCGACGAUCAGCUCCCCGGCGACGUCGAGGAACACAACGAGCCCGGACUUCUUCACUUUGCCAACUUCAAGGUUGCCUUGGAUGAGAGAGGACCUCAUCAAGAAGUGGGAACUUGUAGAACUCGUACGCUGGAGACUACGAAUGCCGUGGCUACCGCAACAAUGAGCUGAUCGCCUCCAGCACGGUCCACGUCCAUUCCGCCUCGGAUUCUGAUGAUGAGCCGAGGGUCCGUGUUUCAAGAAGACUAGCACAUUCGUUUAGCGUGAAAAGUAGAAGAAACUACUGAGUUUUUGCGUUUUGAACUUGGAACGAGGUUUUCUUUAUCUUUAGCUUGAGGACUUUGGGAAAAAGCCUCGAAUUUGCGAAAUCUAAAGUCUCGAACUCUUAGUUUCUUCCUUGUUCUUUAAAACCUGACAGCGCAAAUUCAAUGGAGACAAACUGAAAAAGCCGGUUUAACAGGAUUUCAUUAUCAUGAGUCUUCUCGAAUUUAUUAUGAUUUUCGUCCCAGCUUUCCAGCAAAAAAUGUAUCUCUACUGUUUUCCUGGCUGAGAUUAUUUUGAAAAUGAUCAUAUCGAAGCUAUAAAUCGUCCAACGUUAGUAUCUUGAAUCCAUAAUGAGCAUUUUUCCAAACGCCAUUUUUAGGUUGAGAUCGAACCGCCACGCGUCCGCGUCGUUUCCCAAGGAGAGAGCAUCGUUCUCAAGUGCUCCGUCGACGGUUUAUUUCCAUUUCCUUUUUUGAGUUGUUGGAAUGUUUCUAUGUUCUAUGGACUAACAAAAAACUGCAAGUUGUUUCGAUUGGAAUGCUUGUAAAUGCAUGGUUUGUAUCUAGAGGAAAGGGCGGCUGUAGGAACCGAAAAUUGGAAAAGAAGGAGUUUUUUAUUAAAAAACACGCAAAAUCGCUUCGAUUUUUUCAAUGAUUACUUAUGUUAAGAAAAAGAAAAGCCAUCGUUAACGCACUUUUUCGCGAUUUCUCUUCGAGACACUUGAAAACAGGUCUUGAAACGAAGUUCUCAUCAAUGUGAUAUGGUUUUUUGAUAAAAAAAAACGGAAAAGUCGGAAAGUUUCUUUUUAUUUUGGAUAAACUUUUCCACGUCUGUUGAAUAAGUGAUUUUUAUCUCCAUCCCGCUCCGGUAGCUCCUUUUUCAAAUCCAAAACACUUCUUUUUUGAAACUGAAAAAAACAUUUUAAAAAAACCUACAGCCAUCCUCUCCCGAUCACUAACACCUACUGACUGAAUAUUCACUUAAAAAGCCUCUUAACCGGCCGCCGCCCCGGCUUUGCAGACGAACGCACGCGCGUGCUUUGGUGGUACUCACAGGAGUCGCUGACCGACUUCACCAACAUCGGAAACCAACGAAAUCUUCAUCUGAAGAUGGUGGACGUGUGCGACCGCGGCGUCUACUACUGCACCGACGAGAGGACCAACUACGAGCUCCCCCGGUCCGCCACCAAGCUCAUCGUCCUCCAGGAGCCUGGCGGUUACGUUUUUCUCAUCGUUGUUCGUUGAUAAUGUGCUCGAGUAUGUGUAGUACUCACUAAACAGUGGCAAAGUCGGGCGGACCCCCUUGCCCGAUAAAGAAGGAAAAGAGCUAGUUAUUUUGCCUCUUUGCUCCCUUUUAUCGACAUAUAGUGACUCCCGCUACCGACUUAGCCAGACAAAAAUCAUACGACAGAUUGGGAUUUUCUGGCAUGUCUGCUCCCUCUUUUCUCUCAAUAGCCUACGAAACGCGAUAGAAAUUUGUCUAGUGAACUCUUGGAGACCCAACAAGCUUACUUUCUUACGAAAUUAGAAUUUUCAUGGUUUGGCCAGGGAUCUUCAAAAACUUUAUUUAGAAGUCAAAAGACUUUGCCUCUGAGAGGUCAGGAGAGCACAGACAGGUUAGACUGUUUCAACUCAAAGAGAAUAGAGUAUACUUAGAAAAAAAACGGUUUUGCUAUAGAUUCUGAUAACUGGAAUCAUUCGAAUUUAAAGCCCAUGGUCUACUCUUUGUGAAGAUUGAAAAACAAAGAUUUGAUCAUUUGUUCUUAAAAUUUUAACAUCACUUGUGCAUCUUGUACUUCGCUUCUUUUUCUCAUCCUCGCAUUCUGACCUGCCCACUCACAACAGCACCCUAACUAACCUGUCGUUCGUCUUCUUGUCGUCUUCGUCGUUGUCCUUCCUUCAACCUGAAAUCUCCGUCGACCCCCGCGAAAUUCCAGGCGCAAAGAACGGCGAGCACUUCAAGUGGGCGUUGCUCCGCGGUGGGAGUCUAGUCCGACAGCUCGGCAAGGAGCCCGAGCUCACCAUCAACAACGCCAACCCCAACAACGACUUCGGCGUCUACCGCUGCAACGUCGAAGACGACAACGGCAUCGUGAUCGGAAGCGCCUACACGGCCGUCUCCAUCGGAUUCAAGCCCGCCAAUAGUGAAUCUUUGGGUUCUUACGCGAAACAUUUCCCAUUCCCUUUGUUAUUGGCAAGAAAUUGAAGCUAGUGUUAAUCUAAAAUUUUCGUUAUUGAAGGCUCAAAUAUCAAAAUUUAUGGUACCAUAAAAAAGUUUGACACAAAUUUUUGGACUGAAGGUAAGGUAUAUAGAUUUAGAACUUUUCAUGAUUUAUUUUUCUUCGUUUUUCUCAGUAAUUCCCGACAUUUUAUCCCCCCUGUUGCCGACUUCUAUGCUUAAAAGUAUUUCUCUUUUUUAUCCUACAUUUUUGAUUUUUUUUUUCCAAUUCUUUGUUGUCAAUAUCUUCUUUGGAAGCUAUUUCCUUUUCAGAACCUUCAGUAUCAAUUUAGUCUGGAGUCUCAAUAUUCUUGAAAUGUUUAAGAAAUUAAUUUUCUACUGCAUAGGCAAUCAAAAAAAUUCAUAAAUUCCAAAAACAGGUAAGGGAAAUCUAUAAAUCUGAAGCUUCAUGGAAUUUUGUGCAAAUUAGCGAAUUAUAACUUUAGAAAGAAUUGUUAAUCUGAGUUUUUCUACUUCCUUUCAAAGAAAACAACAUGAACCCACAGAUACGGACGCGCAAAUCGUCAAAUUCGACGACAAAUCCGACGCCUCGUUCACCUGCCCGAUCUACACGGUCCCCGGAUCGAAGGUCGAGUGGCGCCGCGAAUCCGGCGAUUUGCCACCAAAUGCCGUGCCUUCUGGAAACAAACUUGAGUGAGUUAUGAGGCUGAAAACCUGGGUAGAGCAAGGGGAAAAUUUUUAGUCAUUUUACUGUGUUUUUAUGAAAAGGAGACAGCACAAGUAGGGAUGAAUUAGCUCGAAAAACUUCCGUUUUCCAGUCCCUUAUUAAGGUGCUUAUCAGAAAGGCAUACAACAAGUAAUAUUUCACGAAAUGAUCACCAUUAACUUUCUGUAACAAACCGGACGCGCCCCGAUCGUUUCCCAGCAGUUCUAGUGAUCCCUUAAGAGCGUUAAAAAAGAAGUAAUCACUAGUGCCGUGUUCAAAGUAGUUUCCGCGAAAUGCGAAAUUGUCUCUGACCCUCCAAAAUUUAGUUAUCUUUCUCUUUCUCUGACGGCUAUUUUGAAUUUCGCGGAAUCACUUUGAACACGGCAUAGAAAUGGAAAUACUCAGAUCGAAUUGAUUUUAUCCAUAGAGCAACAUUAAAGUUAUAAUAAACAUUCAUGAAUAAUUUUUAAAGCAGUUUUAUUUUGUUACAAGGUUCUUUUUUCAUAUUAAAAUGCCAUCAGUUCAUUUUUAAUAAGAUUAUAUUUUCGAAAAACGACUGAAUAGUUUUUUUUCUUCAGGAUCAAGAACUUCGACGACAGCUCCACCGGCCUCUACAUCUGCAAGGUUACUUUUGAGGACAACGUCGUCGAAGGAUACGUUCAAGCUCAAAUCUUUGGUGAUUACUAAGGAAUUUUUUUGGGUCUACGUUCGAAUCUUCAAAAGUUAAACAGCGUUCAAAAAAGAGAGGGCGGGCGUCUCUUUCAUACCAGUGCUCUCUAAUUUGCGAAGAUUCGGCUUUUCAAAAUUUUCAGUUUUUAACAAUACAUUUUUUCAGUUCCCGACACAAUCAUCCAAGUUCUUCUCGAUGUCUCCUCGGAAAGUCCCGAAAUCGGACAACGCGCUUGGUUCGACUGCAAGGUGAACAACAAUUCAAGGAAAAAUAGAAACUUCUAGGUUAAAAAGAGAGGCUUUUUAGGUUUUUAAUUUCACAAAUGUCUUGAAUUUUGUUCAAACCGGAUAUAUCGAAUUUCAUUAUCGAUUUAGAAGAUAGGAUGUUUGAAACCAGGCUGGGUGUAUAUGUUAUAUUUCAAACAGAAGCUUUCAUAUUUAAAUUCGUAUUUGAGGUUUUAAGUUUCGGAAAUUUUUAACUUUUUUAAAACGUAACCAUUAUUUUUGAUCUCGGUGCCAGUUGAAAGGAAGUCAUUCAAUUUAAACUUGUGAAAGUUUGGAUUUACAAGCCUGAAUUUGAGGUAACCGGUGACCCAUCGGCUGUGAUCACCUGGUCCAAGGAAGGAUCCGACGAACUGCCGCCAAACUCUCAGGUGAGAAAAAAGAAACCUCUACUCAACUUGAAAUGAGAAGAAAACAUUGCUCGAUUCGAAAAUGAAAAUCCGGCAUGCAAAAAUUCCAGGCGUACCCUAUUAUUAAAUACGACCCCAUCUGUAACUCGACUGUAAGUAUAUUUUUUUGGAAUGAGCCCGUUUUUGUCUUGCUUUAUGAAUAUCGUUCCGUUCGUAUUUUUUGGUUCUAUCGUCGAAUAUUUUGUUUCGGAAUGCCUUUUUUUGAACACUUCCCUGCCCUUUUUUGAGUUGGCGACUUUUUUCUCGCAAAAGAACGACGAGAAGCAUGGCUUUUGAAGAUGUACCCUUUCCUUUUCUUUGAAAUAGUUGAAUUUUUACAAAUUUCAAGAAAAAAGCUACUUUUCAACAUUUAAAGAUCGGAUUUUUUCGUUCAAGUUAAAUUAAUAAGCUUGCAAAUUUGAAAGUUCGUUGAAAAGUUUAAUUUUUUCGCAAGUAGUGUCGACCUUCAUAGAGAAAGUUUUUUUUUGCAUACUUAUGGAAAUUUUCAAACUUUGGAUUGAACUUCCUUGAGAGUGGAAAAUUUGAGAAUGAAUAAGUAUUGUAUAGAUCUUUAAUGCUGCGUUUAAAGUGAUUUCGCAAGUUUCAGAAUGAUUUCGGACUCUGAAACUUUUUUUUCUCGCUGACGAACUCAUUUAUAUCCCCGCGGAAACGCUUUGAACGCGGCAUAAAUAGAAAAGCCGUUUUCAAUCUAUAUUUUUUCAUUUCGAAAGUCAAAACUCGUAAGAACCGUUGGAUUCAGGUCACCGGCGGUCGACUGCUCUUCACGGACGUGACGGAGGACAACGCCGGCGUCUAUCGCUGCAUCGCCAAGACGAAGGCGGGCCCCUUGCAGACGCGCACCGUCCUCAACGUCGGCAGCUCGAAACGCAAGCGGAAACACACGAACACGCGACGCGGUCGACGUCUGCGACAUCGCCGUCGCCAUGCGAACGCGUCGUCGCAGCGUCGCUCAGUCGCCGUCGCCGAGCCCAAGCAUCACUCGGCGUUCGGCGCCUGGUUCUCGACCAUUUAG